GUUCUUUUUCCUAGCGACACACAAUUGUUAUAAGGUUUUGGGCACAAGGCUCCUCUGCUCAAAAUGGCAGUUUAGCGGCUUGCAGCGGAAAACUCGCAGCGGCAACACCUGCAGUGCAACGGCUAUUUGCACUGGCUCUAUUUAUCAAAAUGGCGUCCCUCGAGGCAACCACCCUCAGCACUGCUGCAUUUGACAGCAUAUCAACCCUUCUUGACUCGUCAUCAGAACUCCUGUUCUUUUUGAGUCUGACCAAGCACCAUGACUCUGAGCUCUCAGAUUUGUGUGGAAGAAAUGGGGACCCUGUUCUUGGGGUCCUCGACUCUGAUGGCUGACCCCUUUGGGCCCCUUCUGGACGAAGAUGAAGAGAGAGCUCUAUCCGAGGGGUCUUCAUCGCCCCUCUCCUUCUCUUCAUACUCUGAUUCUUACACCUCCUCCCCGUUUUCUUCCCCCUCAGCCCCCGAUCCUCUAGGAUGUAAAGGCGGGUGUGAUGUGCCGCUCCCAUGGCUGUCUGCCAGUGAGCAGUUUGAUGCUCACGUUGGGGCAGAUCAGAAAGAAGUGGAUGCGUUUUCAGGCAUGGACUGGAUGACUGAGAAGAUCGACCUCAGUGAUUUUGACCUGGACUCGCUCAUUGGGUCCUGCGAAUUGGAUGAGCCUCCCAGCUCUCCAGAGGAGCUUCUGGCAUCCCUGGAGUCCCAAAUGGAUCUGGAUUUGGCUCCACUCCCAUUCCCAUCAGCAUCUACACCUGUUCCAGAAGAGCUCAAUAUACCUUCUUUCCCUCUAGAUGUACCAGUUGAGUUAGAGAUACAACAUGAGCCUGAUUCUGUUGUUGAGAUUAAAUCUGAGCCAGUCUCGCCAGCUCCUCCAUCUCCUGCAUUUACACUAGAGUUGGGCAGUGAAGUGGAUAUCUCCAUUGCAGAUAUGGAGAGAACCACACCCAAGGCCAGUUCUGACAGCCAAACCCCCAGUAUUGUGCUCUCCCUUUCCCCUGCCCACAUAGUGGUGGUUCUUACAACCAAAGAAGAGCCAAGCAUUUCCAACUCUUCCUCAGAUCAAUCUGACAGUGGCAUUGAAUCUGUAUCUGGUUCACCUCCUCGUGUUCAGAGCCCUGUUCCAUCACCCAAAUUUAUUGGUUCCUCCAGAACCAAACCCUACUCUAAGCCUGACCCUGAUACAGUUGAAAAAGUUGCUGGUAAAGUAAAGACUGUAUCAGGAUCGAGCAAAACAGUAGACAAGAAACUGAAGAAAAUGGAGCAGAAUAAGACAGCAGCUACUCGCUACAGACAGAAGAAACGGGUGGAGCAGGAGAUCAUUAACGCAGAGUGUUCUGAGUUAGAGCAGAAAAAUAGAGAGUUGGCGGAAAAGGCAGACACUAUCAGUCGAGAGAUCCAGUACCUAAAGGAUCUCCUUGAAGAAGUCCGGUCAGCAAAAAACCGAAAGAAGUCUAAGCCCAGCUCUUCGUAAGAUGGUGUCUGUAUUAUUGGCCUGACUGUUAUAAGAAGGGCACAGGAAGGUUCUAUAGGAGUAUCUGUGCUAGUGUUUCCCCACACCCUUAAAAUUCCUGUAUAGUCACAGGAUAUUGUUGCAUAGUUAACAUGUAGUACUUAAGGUAGAUACAAGUAGAUUAUGCACAAACCUGUUACACACCUAAAGCCCAGUCAUUCAUCUUUUAACUCUCUCACUUCACCUCUUAACAACAUUGUCCAGAAAGGGGCCUCGUAUCAAGCAGUGGAUAUGUUACACUGAAUAUUGCUCUUGUUUCAUGUACAUAGCUUCAGCUGCAUUCUUCAACUUUAUUUAAAUUCUGGUGUUUGGUGUGAAUUUAUGGUGUACUAUGCUUCUGUGUGUCUUCUGUUUUCUAAUAAAGCUUCUAAACUUUUA